AUGGAUUCCAGCAAGCAGCCCGUCAAGCUCGUCAAGGUGACCCGUGUCCUCGGCCGCACCGGCUCCCGUGGUGGUGUCACCCAGGUCCGCGUCGAGUUCAUGGACGACACCUCCCGUUCCAUCAUCCGUAACGUCAAGGGCCCAGUCAGGGUUGACGACAUUCUCUGCCUGCUCGAGUCCGAGCGUGAGGCUCGCCGUCUCCGUUAA